CCGCCGUGCCGCCGUGCCCAGUGGCGGCGCCAGCCAGGAUGCGGCGGGCGGUACCGCCGCCCCCCUCCCCACUUUCCCUCAAGGAUGAAGGCGGGAGAGGGAAAAGCCUAACGCCCUCCUGGCGUCGCCCGGAUCCCUACCAUGGCGUCGGCUGGGCGCGGCGGGCGGGUGGGCGGCGGAGCGCGGUGCGGCGGCGGCGGCUCCUCUCGGGUGUCUGGGCGCGGCGCGGACUCCGGCGGCAGAAAGGGAAGCGGCGAGGGCGCGAGCCGGGCGGAAGCGCUGCCGACGUCACGGCCGCUGUGCCCGGAGGAGGAGGAAGCGGUUGCUAUGGCGGGAGCCCCGCGUGGCGACGCCCUGGCCCCGCGCGCACGCGCGGGCGGGGAGGGGGCACCCGCAGCCCAUACACACGGCCCCCUCCUGCCGCCCGGCAGAACUGCCCAAUCACAGGGGAGCCGCCGGCUGAUUGACGCUUCGGCCGACCAAUGGCGGCGCCCUCUUAAAGAGGUCCCUUGGAAGGGCCAGAGAUGCCAGAUGUAUCCAGACUGUGAAUCUGCUGUUCUUGAGGCAGAGAGGAGCAGUGGCACACAACUGAGAACCAGAUGUCAAGGGGAGCAAGGUGUGUUGGAAAAGCUUGGAGGCCGUUUUGCUCUCGACCUGGUCAUCUGUCUGUUCUCCGGCCUCGGUUUGUCUACGGUCUGCUCUCUUGCCAGCCGAAUCUGCUCAGAUUUCAUCGUAGAGUUUGUGCCCACUGACGAACAAAGGGGGAGUCCUGUCUACAGCCAGUCGCAGACAGCCCCGUUAACCAUGCUGAGAGCGUGAGGAAGCUCUGGCUCACCUGGAGCCUGUGAGAUAUUGGCCAAGGAGCAGUGGCCACCCCCAUGGCAUCUUGGCAGAGAUGAAUCAGCAAACUAAUGCCCUCAGCUCCUGGCUCUAGCAGAGUUUGAAGGGCCCAUCCUUGCAACUGCUCUCAAUUUGCUCCAUCUCCUCCAUUUUUGUUUAGACACCCCUUUUCUGUGGUGCCCUGUGCCUGACAGAAAUCUGAAAGGAACUGAGGGCUGAGGAGAAUAAAGCACUAGAAUUCACAACAGUCACAGCUCAUCAGAUCUACUCUCCCUUGUCCUAUGUUAGAGCCUCUUCAACAAAGGACCUGUCUGCCAACAGUAGCAAACGUACCUCAAAAAAGCAGCAGUAGCUGUAUAUUUACAACAGCCCUUCCCUGUAGAGCCUCCAACCAGUGGAUGUAAGCUGUGUGACUAUGCCCCAAAGACUGGCUCCUUCCUCUCCUUGCCUUGCUGGCUGGAGAUGAUGAGUGAGUGUCACACUUGGCUGUAGCCAAGAGGAAAUACACAGCUCAGUGCUGUGGGAAUUUUUAUUGCAACUUACUGUGCUCUGAAAAUUGUCUGGUGCAAACCUAGGCUUGUUUUUCUCUGUUCCUUUUGCUUCUUGCUUGGAGUCCUGCAGGUUGUCUUGGGAGGUGGGUUGCCUGCAAGUUUCAUUAUGCUGACCACUGAUGGGCAGUCAUAAUACAGGGGAAGUGGGGCCAGAGCUAAUCAGAAAAGCUAGGUUAGUCUAGAAAGUGUGAUUUUCGAGGGAAGAUGGAGGGAACUGGAAGGCUGUUUAAUUCAAGGAAGAGAGGACUUCAGAGGUUAUAACAAUCUCCAAAAAUCUGUGAAGUCAGCUGUGGAAUAAUAAUGUGUUCUUGUGUUCCUGCUAGCUCUUAGUAUUAGAUUAUAGCAAGGGACAUCAGAGUUUGAAAUCAGAAAAAUGUUUCCAAGGAUGAGGAUAGCAAACCAGAAGACCAAGUUCCUUGGGAAAGAAAUUAGUGUCCUUUCUUAGAGAUUCUUAAAAAGCAGCAUCAAAUAUGGUGUAACUCCUAUCCAUGUCCUCAGCUGGUCUGUCAGAGCAAAGGACGUUCUCAACAAAUAUUCCUGUAGUAUACAAAGAGAAGAGUUGAAGCACACCUCAAGAGACUUGCCAGGCAAGUUUUUUCUCCAGGAAACCAAGGACACAGCUCUGGCACUUUUCAGUUUGACGUGGCUUCCUUCUGCUUUUGGUUGGAGUUAGCUGUCUGGAAAUACUAUCCUAAUCCUGGAGACAAGCCUGUUCUGCAACACAGAAUCUGGUUGCAGAUUCACCCUUUUCUGGUCACGAUCAUCUCUGGCUGCACAGGGCAGUAGCAUUACAUCAAGCAUGAUCUCCCCAAGCUAGAAAUAGAAAAUUGUAGCAGUCCUAAGUACAGCUUGGCCAUGUAUGUCCCUGUUUGAAAUAAGAGACUGCAGCAGCUCUAGGGAGUUUGUAGGAGGCCCCCAGGGUAUUGUUUUUUUCUUGGGAGUGCUGAGUUAGGCAGGAUUGCCAAGCAAGGCAGAAGCUUUGUGCUGUCUGACAUGCUGUGAGCUCCAUCUUGCUGAAAAGCAAACCAGUUGAACUGAACAGCCACCUCAGAGAGAGACAUCAUCUGCAAAACACUCCCUCUUGGUGAGCUCCCUGCUCUGGGUGCAGAACCUGAUUCUCACUCCAGCAUGCGGGAAUUUUAAGUGGAGUGUGAACUCAUGCUGGUGCCAAAUGAAGUGUCCUCUCUUUCUCCUGAACCAUGUAAGGGAUCUUUAACAUUAAUGAAUUGUCUUCAGUGCUGCAGCAGCUGUGAAAUGAGUUCCACUUUUAGCUGAAACAGGCUGCAUUUUGACAGAAGAAUUUUUCCUCUCCAGAUUUUCACUAGAAAUUUAUAUCUAAAGAAUAUAUAUCUUGUAUAUCAUUGACCAUCAGAACAGCUUCUUAGCCUGAAGGAAUCCUGGUUUGCAACACAACUGUGUCACAGGACCAAAACUCUGGGUGAAGAAGGCAUGUCCUGGAAAGCUGUCUAACCUGUGAGGGUGCAUCAAAGCAGCAAGACUCCUGCAAUAGUAAACCUAGCGCAGGUCAGGGGAAAUGUUUCAAGUCAGGGUGAAUUUGGGGACAUAUAUUGGAAGACCAGCAUAUGCUGGUAUGAAUCUGUGUGUGAAUAUCCAGAGGCAAAAAAGGCAGGGCUCUUCUAGAGUGGAAGAACUCGCUUCAUCAUUUAUUUACACACUCUAACACUUGCAUUUUCAUGAGGCUUGGAUAUCUCAUGUAUUUGCCAGAACAAACACAGGAGGGGACUCUUCUAAGCUCUCGAUAGAAUAAUUAAGGAGCUUCAUGUCUACUUGUGAUUUUCCACUUUUUUGAGUUUACUUUGAAAUGUGAACAUAAAAUCUGGCACUAUGUGAAUUUGUGAUGGUUUUGGGAGCACUGCUUCUCCAUAAAACAAUGUCUUGAUCCUAUCCAAGCACAGAUGUUUGUCUGUGACAGCUGUAGUAUCAAUGAUAUAUGCUUGUUGUUGAGCUAUCCAAGUCAUACUUUAAUGGAAAUUCUUUAAAGAAGUUGCAAAUAGUUCAUUUUAGUAGACUGAUUCAGCAAACAUUGCGUAAACUCUUUGGAAUAGAGUCUGAAUUACACAAAUAAGAGAGUUAUGUGUGAAGGUGAAAUGGAAAGCAGUAUUUUUUUAUGGCAUAUUGCAGUGGCUACCAAGCCUUAUGGUUUUGUCAGCAGUCUCAGGAUGUUGUAUAUAUUUUUUUCUUAAAAUCCCAGCUGCUGGAAGGAAGAUAUUGAAUAAGAAACUCCAUUUUAUCAUUUUAAAAAAGUAAGUUUCUAACCUUCAUGGUUGCAUAGAAAAGCAUGAAAACAUGAGCUGAAUGUUCCAGACAGGAUGUUGAAAUCAAACCCAAACACAAUGGAAACCUUGUUCAUAGCUUUAUACUCCAGACAGCAAGUAAACAGGCUUAGAUUGGCUUAGAAAUUUUGCAGUUUGGAAAUGUAUCAAUGUCUGACUUUUGGGAUCUGACUGCUGGCAUGACGGCACAUGUGAUUUUGGAAUCAGAAUUUAGCCUCUUUUGUUAUACCAGGUUGACAAAAUUAUAAAUUAAUAAAAUGUUAAUAUUUCUGCCAAAUAAAAGAUUUUUAAAAAAUA